AUGCAUGUAACUGAUUCUGCUCCCUUGUUUGUGACGCAGACAGACAAAGCUUCACUUCUAGCAGAAGUGAUCCAGCAUGUUAAAGAGCUAAAACGCCAGACUUCUUUGAUAGCCGAAACAAGUCCAGUACCAACAGAAAUGGAUGAGGUAACAGUGGAUACAGCUGAUGAAGAUGGUAAGUUUGUGAUCAAAGCAUCACUUUGCUGUGAAGAUAGGUCUGAUCUCUUGCCAGACCUAAUAAAAACCUUGAAAGCCUUACGUUUAAGAACAUUAAAAGCUGAGAUCACAACGCUUGGUGGACGCGUAAAGAAUGUUUUGUUCAUUACUGGUGAAGAAGAUUCAUCAAGUGAUAGCAAUGAUCAACAGCAGCAGCAGCAACCACUACAAUAUUCUAUAAGUUCAGUUCAAGAAGCGUUGAAAGCAGUUAUGGAGAAGAGUGGUGGUGAUGAGUCUUCUUCAGGAAGUGUUAAGAGACAAAGAACCAAUAUCAAUGUCCUUGAACAACAACAACAGCACAGGUCUCUAUAA